UCUCGUCAUAUCCCUUCCAUCCCUUUUUCUUUCCUCAUAGUCCCCAUAGACCAAUUUACAUUGAAAACACUUCUUAUAUACAAGAUGCCGUAUAAAUCCCGCUGGACAAUCGACAUUCCAGACACCCAUUUAGCCUCUCUCCUCCUCAAAUCCCCAACAGCACCACUCUCCAAAACAGACAAAUGCUAUCUGGAAGCUGCCCGCCCAGAAACCCAUUACUUCACCAACCAUGACUUCCGCCUCUGGAGCCAACGGUUCGCUGCCGGCCUCCGCAAAUCAGGUCUCCAAACCGGCGACCGCGUCCUCCUUUUCUCAGGAAACGACCUCUUCUUCCCCGUAGUCUUCAUGGGCGUAAUCAUGGCCGGCGGAAUCUUCACCGGCGCCAACCCAACCUUCGUAGCCCGCGAACUGGCCUACCAACUCCAAGACAGCGGCGCCACAUACCUAAUCUGCGCAACGAGCAGCCUGCCCACCGGCCUCGAAGCCGCCAAGGAAGCCAACUUCCCGCAGAACCGCAUCUUCGCCUACGACAGCGGUCUCUACGACGGCAUCACAAACCCGCAACACGGAUGCGCGUACUGGAGCGACCUCAUCGUCCCAGAAGCGGAAGGCGCCGCCUUCGUCUGGGACGACCUGAACACCGCAUCCCUGUCCAGCCGCACUCUGGCGCUGAACUAUUCCAGCGGCACGACUGGACGCCCGAAGGGGGUGGAGAUCUCGCACAAGAACUACGUCGCGAAUAUGCUGCAGUAUUGCUUCAUGCCGACGCUGAGCCCGGACUACGAGGCCAGGCUGAAGCGCUCCCGCUGGCUGUGCUUCUUACCUAUGUACCAUGCGAUGGCGCAGAAUAUCUUCAUUGCGGCUGCGUUGCACCGCUCGACGCCGGUGUAUAUCAUGCCGAAGUUUGAUUUCCUCAAGAUGCUGGAGUACACGCAGAAAUUCCGGAUUUCGGAUUACAUUCUCGUGCCGCCGGUGGUUGUCGCGUUGGCGAAGCAUCCGGCUGUGAAGCAGUUUGAUUUGAGUAGUGUUGAGGCGGUGGGGAGUGGUGCUGCGCCGUUGGGGAGAGAGGUGUGUGAGGAGGUUGAGAGGUUGUGGCCGUCGGGGAAGAUUAAUAUUAAGCAAGGGUGGGGGAUGACUGAGGCGACGUGCUCGGUUACUGGAUGGCAUCCUGCGGAAACGAGUACAUCUGCUUCUGUCGGUGAGCUCAACCCCAAUUGUGAGGCUAAGAUUGUCUCGCCCGAUGGGUCCGAACUACUCGAGCGAAAUACCCGGGGUGAACUGUGGGUUCGGGCACCAAACGUCAUGAAAGGCUACUGGCGCAACGAGAAAGCAACCCAAGACACCAAGACCGAGGAUGGCUGGCUCCAAACGGGCGACGUUGCCUUUGUCGAUGAGCAGGGCAAAUUCCAUGUCGUGGAUCGAUUGAAGGUAUACCGAUUCCAGGACGAAAGCCAAAAAAAAGAAGAAACUAAUGAUGUGCAGGAGUUGAUCAAAGUCAAGGGCAACCAAGUCGCGCCCGCCGAAUUGGAGGCUCUUCUCCUCGAACACCCUGCGAUCUCAGAUGUCGCUGUGAUCGGAGCUGUCAUCAACAAUGAUGAGCGCCCUCGCGCAUAUGUGGUGCUCACGCCUGGCCAAUCCGCCACCGCAGACGACAUCACCCAGUUCCUGGCCACCAAGGUCUCCGCAUUUAAGCGGAUUACCGGGGGUGUGGUAUUCCUCGAGGCGAUUCCUAAGAAUCCAUCGGGCAAGAUUCUUCGGACGAAAUUGCGCGAGCUGGCUAAAGAGGAGCUGAAGGGUGCUACGGCUAAACUGUAG